AUGCUUCAGACAAUUUCCGAGUCAGGAGCAGGGGUCAACGGCGCGUCCUCCGUUCACAUGAACAUCUUUGGCUUAGAGCCAGUGGUGAAAUUCGGAUCAAAAGCACAGAAGCAACGCUGGCUGGUCCCUCUUAUUGAGGGCAAAGAACGAGCUUGUUUCGGGGUCACCGAGCCGAAUUCUGGCUUAGACACUCUUCGAUUGCAGUCAUCUGCCAAGAGGGACGGCGACUUUUAUAGGCUCAAGGGCUCCAAAGUAUUCAUAUCCACUGCCCAGGUGGCUGAGAAAAUCUUGAUUCUUGUCAGGACGACGCCCUUGGAUCAGGCCACGAAACCGAAUCACGGCCUUUCCCUCUUUUACACGGACUUAGACCGGUCUGCAGUAAAAAUUACGGAAAUACCAAAAAUGGGACGCUUAGCAGUUGAUACAAAUUCUUUGCUUUUCGAAGAUUGGAAAGUUCCUGUCAGUGAUCUAAUUGGAAACGAGGGCGACGGAUUCAAAAUGAUCAUGCAUGGAAUGAAUGCUGAACGAGUGCUUGUGGGCGCCGAAGCCUUGGAAAUUGGAUAUGCUGCUUUGCGGCGGAGCAGUGCCUACGCAAGUGAAAGAGUCAUCUUCGGAAAUCCCAUUGGAAAGUAUCAAGGGAUCCAACACCCGCUAGCGGAGUGCUGGAUGAAUCUUGAGAGUGCUCGGCUUAUGAUUUAUCUCGCAGCACGAUUGUAUGAUCAAGGCUACGGGGACGGAGAAUAUGCUAAUGCUGCUGCUUUCAAUGCUGCUGAGAGAGCCGUCAUGUCUCAUGGAGGAAUGGGAUAUGCAAAGGAGUACCACGUAGAGCGUUAUCUGCGAGAAGCUACGUUGGCUAGGAUUGCUCCAAUUAGCGGAGAAAUGAUCAAGAAACACAUUGGCCAGAAGGUGUUGGGUCUUCCGAAGAGCUAUUAUGGUCGAGAAUAA